AUGGCAUCAUUUAGGUUUUGUGCUGAGUGCAAUAAUAUGUUGUAUCCAAGAGAAGAUAAAGAAGAUCAAAGAUUACUUUAUGCAUGUAGAAAUUGUGGUUAUACAGAAUUAGCAGAAAAUCCAAAAGUUUAUAGACAUGAAUUAAUUACAAACAUUGGUGCAACUGCUGGUGUUGUUGAAGAUAUUGGUCAAGAUCCAACAUUACCUAGAAGUGAUAAAGAAUGUACAAGAUGUGGGAAUAGAGAUUGUGUAUUUUUUCAAAGUCAACAAAAGAGGAAAGAUACAAGUAUGAUAUUAUUUUUUGUUUGUUUGGAAUGUAAACAUGUAUUUCAAGCUUAA